UGUAAAUUGAGGCUUGCUUCUGCUCCACUUCCAUAAUUCAUAAGUAGGCAGCGGGCUUAGAAUGUCGCUUUUGUUGUCAUCGACGACAGUCCUUGGGAAGCGCAAAGCCACUAGAUAUGUUUUACACAUUUCUGCGAGUCCACAACCCGAGCCAUCGACUUCAACUGCGAAUCUCGUUGUCCGCGAUACCCCAGAGCCUUCCUCAAACAAAGCCCGUCAUCCUUGCACGUAUUCUGGAUGCACAAAGUCCUACUCCAAAGCUUGUAGGCUAGCAGAGCACAUAAGGUCCCAUACAGGAGAGCGCCCCUACGUCUGCACAACUUGCCAAAAGUCAUAUCUGCGCGAAUCCCAUCUUCAAGCACAUGCAAAAAGCCAUCUUCCCGAGUCAGAACGCCCUUAUGUGUGUACGGAAUCAGCAACCUGCCAGAAACGGUUCUGGACCCUCCAGCACCUCCAUGUGCACGAGAAUACGCACAGUGGGGCUAAACCGUAUGCUUGCACGGUAGAGGGCUGCGAUGAAGUGUUUGCCAAGCAUCAUCAGCUGCGAUCUCACACCUGCCAGGUACACGCACCCCCAGGUACGAAAUCUUACAUGUGCACACACCCAGGGUGCACCAAAUCGUUCGAUACGAACCAAAAGCUUAAAGGUCACGUCAAGACUCAUGACGAUAAACGUUACACGUGUUCACACCCAAAUUGCCUACCUUCAUCCAACGCUGACCCUACAUAUUACCCGACAUGGACGUCCCUCCAGGCCCAUAUACGCGAUGCCCACCCUCCAACAUGCAUGCAUUCCUCAUGCAACGGACGAACAUUUGCUUCCCAGCACAAUUUACGCGCUCAUCAGAAACUACACGAACAACAAGAACUAGAAGCCGUCCUAGCAGACGUAGAACCAUCAGAAGCAACAGACUUGCCUCGCAAACGUAGACGCGGUGGAGAAGUGGGCAGAGACUGGAAAUGCGACAAAUGCGGGAAAGAAUUCAAAUCUAUGAAAGCCCUCACGACGCAUAACAAUGUGAUUCAUCUGGGCCACAGAAAACAUGUUUGCCCGCAUCAACAUUGCUCUAGUGCAUUUGGCUACAAAAAGCUCCUCGAAAGGCAUCUGACCAAAAUCCAUAGCACAAGGAGUGAUCAAUCUGUCACAGAUCCGUCCGAGUCGGACGGCGCUACAACCACUGAUACUGAUGCUGACUGUUCCGGCAAUGAACCGGCAGACUCAGCAGCGCACUUGAGCAUCGAUCGCAUCACCGGACAUGCCUACUCCCUCCGUACUCGCAUGCCAACGUCAAAAACCAUACGGUGUCCAUACCCCAACGUUGAGGACCUACUACUAUUGCCUCCGGAAACUCCGCUUUCCGACUCUUCAGCGCACUGCGAUCACAUCUUAACUCGCGCAUAUGAUCUUCGUCGGCAUUUGAAGGCCGAACAUGGACUCGUUGGGGACAAGAGCAAGGUGGACUCUUGGGUAAGAUCGCAUAGAGGCAACGCUCCGAGAUCUUGAUAUCUGUCUGUUACGGAGGACGUACUGUUUACGGUUUUGUUCAGCUUUUCGAUGUUUCUAUUCAUACCUUUCUUGAUGUGGGAAGUUGAGAUGUGUUUUCUCUCGAGUCUAGAGGAAAUGGAGGGUAGGGAUGGUAUAAAUGCACGCAAAUAGUGUUUGCGAUGCGUCUA